CGAAAUUGUAAAAACGAUAAAACAGUAUUUAAGAGAUCAGAUUGAAAAAUUUUGUUAAUGGAUCCAGAGGAAGUGAAAGUUGUUGUUUAUGCGGCUCGAAAUCUACAGCCCAAGAAAGGAGAAAGUGUAUGUAAUGCAUCGGUUGUUUUUGGCAUUGGCAAGCACAAAUAUCGAACGGAGUCCGUUCGAGACAACGAUCCGACUUGGAACGAGGAAACUACGAUAAAAGUAUCCAAACCAGCUGCACUGAUAUUUACAGUGAUGGAUCGAGAGGAGUCCCUUGGAACAGUGAGUUUACCACUUGCACAAAUUCCCUCCGUGGCUCAUCGUCGCCGAUGGAUUCCGUUGACGACAAAAAAUUCUCAAGCUAUGGGCGACUUGUGCAUCGACUGUUGGGUCCUUUCCUUCAAGAAGGCUGGAGAGGGAAGUAAAUGGAAUGCCUUGAUACCUUUAGUGGGCCGUAUAGGAGGGGGCGGGCGAGAUCGGUCCAAAAGAAGAGCCUCGAUUGAAGCUGCUUCUAUUUCUGUGAAAGGAUCCAGGUCGAUAGAAAAUUUAUACUCCAAUCCUGCGCCUAAAACUGACAUUAAUUUGGAUGCUACGAACCCAUUUAAGAAUCCUGACCCUGGAUCGCCAAGUCCCAAACUGUCUCCUAAAUCAUCGUCCAGUGCCACAAAUUUAGCACCCCUUGCUUUGUUCAAACCCCGUCUCGCUCCCACUUUGGGUCAGGUACUGUCCUCCAGUCGCGCUCCGGAGAUUACGGGACUUUCUCCAAAAGCGGGUCUUUUGUCUGGUGGCACACGGAUUACAGUGCGCGGUUGCAACCUGGGUAACUCAAAAGAUGAUAUAGUAUCUGUAACUCUCUGUGGCUGUGACCUGUACUCCACACUUGAAUACCACAGUCCAGCAAAGCUUGUGGUUGUAACGAAACCUUGGAAUGGCUCCGGACCUGUUGUAGUGGAAACGAAGUCUGGUGGACGUGGUACAUCGACUCUCAAUUUUACAUUUCAGGAUAAAGCUCCAGCGUCAAGCAAAGCGUCGAGCAAAAAAGAUAAAGCUUCACGUGCUGAACUUUUAACAGAAAUAACUCAACUAAGAGAGGUGAUAGAUGAUUUGGCUGACGAGAAUCGUUCAAUGAAGAUCUACAUAGAUAAACUAAUGAUGAUUCUCAUGGAAAGGUUUCCAGAAGUACUAGAAAAUUUAGGUUCUUCUCUCUAAGGACAAGUGUGUACAAGCUAGAAGA